CCCGAACGCGCGCCUUUGCGUGCUAGCGGAUUGCUGAUCAAAGACGAUGGAAAGCUCCAGCACACCACAAAUUCCUCCCUUCCACCUGUUUCCACCUGGGCCUUUCCAGGCUCCGGGAACGCUCACUUCUCUCAACGCCUGAACAACAUCUUCCACAGGAUCAUUGAACUAUGGACGUCUUCUGGAGCUGGCCACCGGUUACGAGGACGCUUGUUGCGGCCACAGUGGGCACUUCCAUCCUUGUUCAUGGAGGGAUGCUCAGUCCCGUCUACGUCGCUUUCUUUAGCCCAUUAGUCUUCACGACCAGAGAAUUCCCACAAAUAUGGCGCCUUGUCUCGUCGUUUCUUGUCACCGGGCCAAAGUUUGGUCUUCUCAUGGACCCGUACUUCCUCUACACGUACGCAAGCGGCCUUGAGAUCGGCUCGCCACGCUUUUCGGAGCCCGGCAGCUUCUUUGUGUACAACGUUUUCGUCAUGGCCUUCAUUCUUGUUGUAUGCGGGAAAUUCCUCGGUGGUGUCUUCUUCCUGCAGCCCCUCAUUCUUGCCUACGCAUAUACCUUCUCACAGGAUAACCCGCACUCAAAUGUCACCAUCUACAUCCUCACCUUUCCUGCAAAAUAUCUCCCGUACGCGCUCAUUGCACUCACCUUCGUCAUGGAUGGUCCUCAUGCUGCGAAGUUUCAGCUUGGUGGCCUGCUUGCGGCACACGCCUAUGACUUUCUUACCAGGAUAUGGCCUACCUUUGGAGGAGGUAGCAACUGGCUCAAGACGCCAGACUUCGUCAAGAGAUGGUUCAUCGGGAGCGGACGUCCAACGCCGCAGACAAGAAGUUAUGGGACGGCAUUUCAGCCCCGACAACAAGCCCCAGCAAGUUCGGGUAGUAGCUGGAGCAAUACCCGAGGCCCAGGACGUCGUCUGGGCGGCUAAUGCUUUCAUGGAUAUUUUGUACGAUAUUGGCUCGAAAGGCCAUCCUGUGAUGAUGUUCUCUAUGAAUAUGAAAGACAUGAAGACUAAUCUAAUGAGCAUGAACUCAUCAGAGCUGUAUCUGGACAAUUUUUUUGCUUCCGCUCUUCCCGCUAUGCUCAUUUAAUCAUGAGUCCUCAGGAGUAGCAGCGUCGUAGUACUCUUAUCUUACGCCUAUCUUCAAUCAUAUCUUCCUAAUUCUUGUC